AUGUAAAAAUUAAGAAGAGAAGCAAUAGAGAGAGCGAAACUAAAUUCAGCUUGUAAUACAAUAAUUAGUACGUUAUUUGUAGUUUUGAUCACACUUCUUGGGCUUUUCAUAUGUGAUCUUUCAGGUUUGGUACAAUUGGAUAAACCAUUAUAAUACGUUUCUGCAGCGAAUGCAAUAAAGGAUUAGAUUCCUGAGAGAAAUUUCAUAUCAGCAUCUUAAACUGGCACACUUGAGCCAUUAUAAGGAUAGCAUAUAGAUAAAGUAAAUGUGAUAAAACCAAUAAUUGAUAAUAGAGAUUAUCGAUAUUUGGAAUUAGAGAAUAAUUUAAAAGUGUUAUUGAUACAUGAUCCAGAAUCUGAAAUGGCAUCAGCAGCUAUGGAUGUAAAAGCAGGAUCUUGGCAUGAACCAAAUGAAUAUCCCGGUUUAGCUCAUUUUUGUGAACAUAUGUUAUUUAUUGGAUCUUAAAAAUAUCCUUAAACUGGUUAUUUUGAUGAUUUAAUGGCAAAAGGGGGAGGAUCAUCAAAUGCGUAUACAGAAGCAUAAAAUACAAAUUAUUAUUUUGAGAUUACUGUAAAUCAUUUAGGGAAAGCAUUGGAUGCAUUUGCUCAUUUUUUUAUUGAUCCAUUAUUUAGUGAAGAUGCUGUAAAUAAAGAAAGAAAUGCUGUUAAUUCUGAAUAUGAAAUAGAUGUAAGUACAGAAGAUUGGAAGGUUGUUAAUCUUUUUGCACUUUUAGCAGAUCCUAAACAUCCAGCAAGUAGAUUUAGUAUAGGAAAUAAUGAUGUUUUGGCUAAAGAAGGUGUAGUUGAAGCACUUAAAAAGUUUUAUUAAGAUAAUUAUUCUUCUAAUAUUAUGAGUCUUGCUGUUUCAAGUAGAUUAUCUUUAAAUGAAAUGGAAAAAUUGGUUAAAGUAUUUUCUAAAAUUUAAAAUAAAAAUUUAAUACCUUAAUCAGUUUCAGGAUUUCCUUAUUAAUUUGGAUUAUUGGGUAAAUAUAAAACAGAGAAGAAAUUGGUUUUAUUGAAUUGGUAAUUAAGUGGAAGAGAAUAAUUUGUUCAUCAAAAACCAUUAGAAUUGAUUGAUUAUUUAUUGAAUAAUGGAAAUCUCAAAGAUAUUCUGAAGGAAAAAUAAUUAGUUAUCGAAUUUGAAUCUUCAAUAUUUAUUGAAUAAAGUCAUUUUGUCAAUUAUAUUAUUGAGUUAACUUUACCUGAAUAACCUCUUUAAGAUGGUAAUAUUGCACUUGAAAUUACAAGGAUUAUAAAUAAUUAUAUCCAAUAAUUAGAGGAAUGGUUAAAAGAUGAAAAAUAUUUAUAAGAGAUAUUUAAAGAAUAAAGUUAAAUAUCUAAAAUCAAUUUUGAAUAUAUGGAAGGACCUUAAGAAAUUUCUAAUAUUGCAAAGAGUUUGAAUAAAUAUGAACCUGCUGAAGUACUUUCAUCUAGUUUUAUCAUGGAUGUAUUUGAUAAAGAUCUUAUAUAAAAAUAUAUAUCAGAAUUAAAGAAAACAGAUAAUUUAUUAAUUUUAAUUGGGGAUGAUGAAUUUUAAUUCACUGAUAAUAAAUUGAAAGACAAUAAUAAAGAAUUCUUGAAAGAUAAGAAAUUAGAUAAGAAAAGUGAAAUCUAUAGGUUAGAAUAUGCAGUUUAGAAAUUUAAUAAGGAUACAAUUAAAAUUAUUACUUAGAAAGAUUCAAAAUUAUAAAAAUAAUUCACUAAACCUUAAGAAAAUCUAUUCAUUCCAGAUGAUUUAAAAUUAAUAUCGUUAUGUGAAUCAAAUUAAUCAAAGUUGCCAUUAAUGGUUCAUUCUGAAGAGUUGAAACCUUUAGAUAAAGAGGGUAAAUUGAACUUAUUACUUCAUGCAGGAUAAGAUUUACAAGAAUUUUCAGAAGAUUAAUGUAAGAAAGAAGAAAAUGUAUAUUAAAAAAAUAAUCAUUAUCCAAUUUUAUUGAAUAAAGAAAAUAAUUAAUGGUGGAAAGUUUCUACUUAAUUUAAAUUACCUUCUGUUUAUGGAGCUGUUUUUAUAUAAUAUACAAAACCUUUAACAAUAAAAUAAUUUACAUCUAUUAGAAUUUAUAACUUUAUAUCUGAUGAAGAAAUAAAUAAAUAACUUAGGUAACCCUUAACAACUGGAUACUCAGUUGAUUUAGAUAUGGGUAAAUAAAUUGAAAUUAAAGCUUAUGGAUUCAGUGAAAAAGUUAAAAGCUUUUUUGAAAAAAUAUGUGGAUGCAUUAAUCCAUUUAGAGAUAAAUCUAAAAGUUUUAUUGAGAUAGAAGAAACAAAUGAAGAAUCUCCUAAUUUUAUUAGAGCUAAACAAUCUCUUAUUACUUCAAUAAAAGAUAUAUUUUAAAUGAAAUUAUAUGAAUAGUCAUUUUAAUUAUAUCUUCCUUCUAUUUUGAGAAAAGACUUUUUUAAUCCUGAAUAAGUAUUAUAACAGAUUCCAGAUAUUACAGAAGAGUAAAUGUUUUAAGAUAUCAAAGAUAUACUCUAAAAUUCAAUUUAAAGUUCCUUAUUAAUAGGAAAUAUUGAUCAAAAGAAUGCCCAAGAUCUUUCUGCUGAACUUUAAACUUGUAUUUAAGAAAAAGAGGCAGAAAUCUAAACACCAAUAAGAUUACCAAUUUCAGUAUUGAAUUUGAGUUAAAAAAAUUGGGUCUAUGCAAAAUUUGUAGAAUCAGAUAAAGGAGAUUUGAAUGGAGUUACAUUAAAUUACUAUUAAAUAGGUUAAAGGACAUAAGAAAAUUAUGCGUUGAUGAAAAUCCUAUAACCUUUACUUAAUUCUUAAGCUUAUAAUCAUUUAAGGACUGAUUUAUAAUUAGGAUAUGUUGUAGCUAUGAAAUUCAAAUAAGUAAGUUGCAUUGAUGGAGCUCUCUUUUUAAUUUAAGGUAAUAAAGAAUUGCCAAUGAAAGUAAAUUAAUUAAUUGAAGAGUUCCUAUUACAAUUUGAUGAAUAUCUAAAAGAUAUGAAUAAAAAACAAUUUGAACAUUUAAGACAUAGUGCAAUUGUUGAAUUACGAUAAAAACCAUAAAGUUUAAGUGAAGAAGCUGAAAGACUAUGGGGAUAUAUUAGUUCAGGAGACUAUUCUUUUGAAGAGAGACAAGUCACAAUUGAAAGACUUAAAUCAAUUACUAAAUAAUAAGUAGUAGAAUUCUAUGAAAAUGUGUUCAUAAGUAACAGAUCAAAGAUUAGUCUUUAAUUAUAUGGGUAUUUAUAUAUACAAUUUAUUAAAUUAGAGAGGGAAUGGUAUCAUAGACGUUAAGUUUGAAAAAUAAUCAGGAAUUUGAUUCUUAUAUUCAAGCUAAUAUACCUGAGGGUGCUUCACUUUUUACUGAUACAGAAUCAUUGUUCUAUGAUUGUACAAAUGAUGUUAGCUCAGUUUGAUUUUAU